GCUUCCGUCCUGGUUAAGAUGGCGGCGCCCGGGGUCCUGAAGAGCGGCCGCAGAGGGUGCCGCCGCCCUAGGCGAGGUCGGGCCGCCCUGCGCGGAAGAACCGCCCCCAGCAGCAUCACUACGACCGCUUAGCAAAGAAUUUCAGGCCCCGCCCGGACGGCAGCCGCAUCAUGGAUUCUUCCAGCUCAUCUAACUCUAGCUUCUCCGUCGGCUCCGCCAGUCCCGGCGCUGUCGUGCUCCUCUACUCGAAGGAGCUCAAAAAAUGGGAUGAAUUUGAAGAUAUUUUAGAGGAGAGGAGGCAUGUCAGUGACUUGAAGUUUGCAAUGAAAUGCUACACACCUCUUGUCUAUAAGGGGAUUACUCCUUGCAAGCCAAGUGAUAUUAAAUACAGUGUUCUCAAUUCUGAAGAGGUUCAUUAUGUCAUUAAACAGCUUUCCAAGGAAUCGCUUCAAUCCGUCGAUGUCCUCCGAGAGGAAGUUUGUGAGAUCUUGGAUGAAAUGAGCCACAAACUGCGUCUGGGAGCCAUCCGUUUUUUUGCCUUUGUGCUGAGCAAAAUAUUUAAACAAAUUUUCUCAAAAGUGUGUGUAAAUGAAGAAGGUAUUCAGAAACUACAGCGAGCUAUCCAGGAGCACCCGGUUGUUCUGCUGCCCAGUCAUCGAAGUUACAUUGACUUCCUGAUGUUGUCUUUUCUCUUAUACAACUAUGAUUUACCUGUACCAGUCAUAGCGGCAGGAAUGGACUUCCUCGGAAUGAAAAUGGUCAGUGAGCUGCUGCGGAUGUCGGGUGCCUUUUUCAUGCGACGCACCUUUGGUGGCAAUAAACUUUACUGGGCCGUGUUCUAUGAAUACGUGAAAACCAUGCUACGGAAUGGUUAUGCUCCUGUUGAAUUUUUCCUCGAAGGGACAAGAAGUCGCUCUGCCAAGACACUGACUCCAAAAUUUGGUCUUCUGAAUAUUGUGAUGGAGCCAUUUUUUAAAAGAGAAGUUUUUGAUACGUACCUUGUUCCAAUUAGCAUCAGUUACGACAAGAUAUUGGAAGAAACUCUUUAUGCGUAUGAGCUCCUGGGGGUGCCUAAGCCAAAGGAGUCCACAACUGGAUUGUUGAAAGCCAGGAAGAUUCUCUCUGAAAAUUUUGGAAAUAUCCAUGUGUACUUCGGAGACCCUGUGUCACUUCGAUCUCUGGCAGCUGGAAGGAUGAGUCGGAGCCCGUAUAACUUGAUUCCAAGGUAUAUCCCUCAGAAACAGUCAGAGGACAUGCAUGCCUUUGUCACUGAAGUUGCCUAUAAAAUGCAGCUUCUGCAAAUUCAAAACCUGGUUCUGAGCCCGUGGGCCCUCAUGGCUGCUGUUCUGCUUCAGAACCAGCCUUCCAUGGACUUUGACGCUCUGGUGGAGAAGACUCUAUGGCUGAAAAGCUUAACCCAGGCCUUCGGGGGGUUUCUCACCUGGCCCGAUAAUGAAGCUGCUGAAGAAGUUAUCCAGUCCAACCUUCUUCUGCAUUCCAACAUCGCCAGCCUUGUCAAAGACCAGGUGGUUCUGAACGUGAACGUGAACUCCGGAGACUCAGAAGUGGUCCAUGGGCUUCUCUUCCAGCAUAUCACUCUCCUCAUGUGCUCAGCUUACAGGAACCAGUUGCUCAACAUUUUUGUCCGCCCUUCCUUAGUAGCCAUGGCACUGCACAUGACACCCGGGUUGCGGAAAGAGGAUGUCUACAGUUGCUUUCGCUUCCUGGUCAGUGUUUUUUCAGAUGAGUUCAUCUUCCUUCCAGGAAACACAGUCAAGGACUUUGAAGAAGGCUGUUACCUGCUCUGUAAAAGUGAGACAAUACAAGUGACAACAAGGGACAUCCUAGUUACCCCGAAAGGAAAUCCUGUCUUAGAAUUUUUAAUAGCCCUCUUUAAACCUUUUGUGGAAUCUUAUCAGAUAAUUUGCAAAUACCUCUUGCACGAAGAAGAAGACUACUUCACUGAGAAACAGUACUUGGAUGGAGUUAGAAAAUUCACCAGUGAGCUUCUUGAUCAAGGUGCCUCGCAGUGUUACGACGUAUUGUCUUCCGAUGUACAGAAAAAUGCCUUAGCAGCUUUUGUGAGGCUAGGUGUGGUAGAGAAGAAGAAAGUAAAUAGUCACAGUGUAUUUAAUGUGAAUGAACCUGCCACGACAAAAUUAGAAGAAGUGCUUGGUUGUAAGAUACCCCUAGGAAAGCCGGCAACUGCAAAACUUUAAUAAUUGCCAAACAGUUAUGCGAAACGUGGUCACAUAAUUGCUGUCAUCUGAGGACUCUUAUUCCAGCAAGCAGUGAUGUGAAGGAAGAGAGUCAUCUGCUCGUGCUUCACGAGACGUGAGAGCCAUGGGCUCGGCAGAGAGGAAGAGGUAGCCGGUGUAAGCAAUCAGUGUAACUUUCUCCACCGUGACGGUUCAAAAGGCAUCUGUGUCCAACUCUGUGUGUGUUUUAAAAUAAAACAGUCUUUUGGAAACAUGUUUGGAAAAACAAA